AUGAUUCGGCCAACAGGUCCGAAACCGAAGCAUGAAUCCCGGACAUGCCUUCAAGCAGCAGAUGCUUUGCCUGCCGUAACCAUGCCUUCUCUCAGCUGUGUAAGCCGUUCGGAGUGCGAACAUCAGAAACAAGCUUGCAAGCAGCAGCACGCUUCUCAAGCGUACGACUGCAACAAGGUCAAGCUCAACAAUUCGGGCACAAUGGAGAUGUGUGCGCAGCGACUCGGCUUCAAGCGGACAGUGAAGUCGCAGAAGCUAAUUUUGGCACAGGCUACAACGACGAAUCCAUCUGCAUCAACUCUGCUGUUGCACUUCCUCCCUGCACUCAACAUCACUCAACCACCACGACUUUUGCCAAAGAGCCUGUAUAGGAAGAGGGGCCCAUCUUCCUGCAUGCAGUUUCCCUUGGAAGCAGCCAACCAUGACAUGUCGACCAUCAGCUACUACCCUCACCAUCUCUCGUAA